AUGGCGAGAAUUACUGAUAGCUUCAAUGAUAGCCUUGGGCUAUCGUGUAUUGUGGAAUUUUCCAAUGGGAUGCACACAUGGUUCGGCGAUGAGUGGACUGCCUUGAAAGACAAAGUGUAUGAACGUGUCAAUGUAGUAUCAAAACCUUUUGAAGGUGUUAUAAAGGAAGUGAUUGAUCGGAUUGAUACAGUAAGGCUCGAAUUUUUGUGGAUAAAAUCAAGAGUAAGGGGUGAGACCGAGACAAAAAGUGCGUCUAGCCAUACUGAAUGUGUCGUCCGUGAUCGUUCCAAGUUACUGAGAACCAACAAGUGCGUACUUGAUCAUUAUCUGAUGGAGGAUAUUCCAGCGAAUGCAGAAACGACGGUGUUUGACUUACAAGUUGCUGGGUUGAAUGCUCAGUUAAUCGGUAUAAAUAAAGACCUCGAAAACUCAGUUAAUCGGUAUCGAUAUUUUUGA